ACAAGGAGGACAGGUGGUUUGAAAGAGGAGUGAAGGAGGCCAUCUAUGUCAAAGAAGAGAAGCCAUCACUCAACAGAGGGAGCCUCAGACACCACCUAUCCCCCAUCUACAAUGCUGUCCUUUCAUUCCUUCCCAGGAGAUUGAAACACCCAUCACCUUUGACCUCAUGGGACAACGAUCGACCACACAUGACACCAGGUGACCCCAACAACUCUCGACGAUGAUCGUUAGCACCUAGGGGCACUUUCACAUUAUUGUUAUCGAUGACCCUGACAACGACUCCACAGAGGUUAAAAACCUGGGAUUUCUUGCCAGUCAACCAGAACUGAAGAAGCUUCUUGGAGGAGAAGUGAAACGUCUUCUGAAACCUUCUGAAAAAGUGCAGUUGACUUUGCUCUACUCUACCUACAAGAAGAAGAAGAAGAAGAAGCUAAAGGAGGAGUAAAAGAGAAAACAACGCCGAGUCAGUUGCUGUGGAAAACAGCAGAAGGAUCAAGAAGUGUAGUUGUAAAUGUGUGAGAAUGUGUGACGUGCAGGAGCUCACGUGUCUGGUCCAGCAGCAUCAGGCUGCGGCGACUCGAGACAUACUGGAACUGUUUGAAAGGACGUUAGCGGCGCACAAGGAGCAGCUGCAGCAGUUAAGAGUGGAGAAUGAGCGGCAGAGAAAGCGGCUGGACGCUCUUUUACAGCCUCAAGUUCGACUAGAAAGAGCAGUGUUGCCUCAGCAGCUGCUGGUGAUUAAAGAAGAGGUUCCCCCUGAGCAGCAGGAGUGCAGCCCCAGUGUGAAGCAGGAGGAACCAGAGCCCCCCCACAUUAAAGAGGAAAAGGAGGAGCUCAAUAUCACCAAGGAUAUCCCAUUCACUCCUGCCCCUGUGAAGAGUGAAGAUGAUGAAGAGAGAGCUCAGUCCUCACAGCUUCAUCAAAGCCAAACUGAGGAGAACACAGAGGCAGAGCCUCCGGCCAGCAGCUCCACUGAAACAGAAGCUGAUGAAGAGGAUUUCCAAGCAAGUAGUGAUGGCCAGCUGCUCUCUUCACACUCCUCUGAAUCUGAGACUAAAGACAGUGAAGAUGACUUGGAGGAGACUGGAGAGCCUCAGUCAGGUUUAGCCUCAGUGAGUGAAGUCCUUUUCAGCCAUGACAGAUCUGAGGCUGGAGAGAAGCCAUCCUCCUGCUCUGUGAAGAGAGAGAAACCAUUCAGCUGCUCAGUCUGUGCUAAGAGAUUUACACAUAGAUUUUGCUUAAACAGACACAUGAGAGUCCACACAGGAGUGAAACCUUUCAGCUGCUCAGUCUGCGCUAAGAAAUUUACAUGGGAAAGUCAACUAAACAGUCAUAUGAUAGUCCACACAGGAGAGAAACCUUUCAGCUGCUCAAUUUGUGGUAAACAUUUUACAGCAAAAUUUGGCCUAAAUACACACAUGAGUGUCCACACAGGAGAGAAACCGUUCAGCUGCUCAAUUUGUGGUAAACAUUUUAGAAAUAAACUUGGCUUAAAUACACACGAAAGUGUUCACACAGGAGAGAAACCUUUUAGCUGCUCAAGUUGUGAUAAAUGUUUUAGAACAAAAUUUGGUUUAAAUACACACACGAGUGUCCACACAGGAGAGAAAUCUUUCAGGUGCUCAAUUUGUGGUAAACAUUUGACACAGAAAUCUGGCUUAAAUAAACACAUGCUAGUCCACACAGGAGAGAAACCUUUCAGCUGCUCAGUCUGUGCUAAGAAAUUUACACGGAAAAGUCAAUUAAACACUCAUAUGGGAGUCCACACAGGAGAGAAACCAUUAAGUUGCUCAAUUUGUGGUAAACAUUUUACAGCGAAAUCUAGCCUAAAUGCACACAUGAGUGUCCACACAGGAGAGAAACCUUUUAGCUGCUCAGUUUGUGGUAAACGUUUUAGAACAAAAACUGGAUUAAAUACACACAACAGUGUCCACACAGGAGAGAAACCAUUCAGCUGCUCAAUUUGUGGUAAACAUUUUUCACAGAAAUCUAGCUUAAAUAAACACAUGAAAGUCCACACAGGAGAGAAAACAUAGCUUCUUAAUUUGUGGUAAACAUGUUUCAGAUAAAGGUCAUACAAAUGCGCACAUGAUUGUCACUCAGGAGAGAAACCUUUUAGCUGCUCAGUCUGUUAUCAAACUUUUACAUGUAUAAGUCACAAACAGACACAUUAGAAUCCACUCAGGAGAGAAACUGGGCAGCAGCAGUGUGUGUGGGAGAAGUUUGUGCACCAUGACCGUGUUAAAAGUCUCAAGUGUGUUGGUGAGAGCAGCAGCAGCUGAAGCUGCAGAUCUGCUGCUUGAACUGAAUUAUUCAACAGGACAACAAACUAGAAAACAUGAUGACUGUCCAUCACUCAGGAUGAGGAAACUCAAACUCUUCUCAGUCAGUGUUGUUGUUGGAGAUGCAGCCACAUGUGAACACUGCUCACACACAUCUUGUGUUAAUGCAGGCUCAUUGAAGAGAGAAAUUCUUGUUGCUCCUGUUUGCCUCAAAUUCAGGUUUAUGUUCCCUUGUCACUUUGAUCAUCUGAUACAUGUAAGUUAAUGUUCUGGCCAGCAACUCAACAUUUGUCAUUCUUUACUGGAAUUAUAUUGUUAGACAUCAGUGAAGUUUAUUGUAGUACACACUUUGUUUUCUGUAUUAAUAACAAGGAACUGUUCAAGAGGUGUCAUAAUUUCUCCAAAUUUCAAAGAAAUAUGACAGAUGGACAGAUGGAAUGUUGACAGAUGGACAAAGGAAAGUCGAUUUUCACAAUAUGUGGUAUCGUACUUCACAUUGUAACAUGUUUCUGUGUGGUGAACAUCAGUUUGGUUAUUGAUGAGGUGAUGUUGCAGAUGUAAGCAUGUUGCCUUUUUACAAAUAUAUAGUUUGAAGUGCAGAGUGUUUCUUCCUGUGUCUUGUGGACAGUCUUCUCAUGAACCUUUCACCUGUAAUAGACUUUUUAUGUAAAUGAAAAAUAGGAGAUUUUCUAGAUGAG